GGUAGGAAUCAUUACGGCCAGUUAGGGAUCGGCAACCUGAUAGACUCUUUUGAACCAGUCUUAGUCAAGCAUCAAAUGGGAAAGGUAUCCGAUAUUGCCGCUAUACACAGUAGGUUCAUAAGCAUUGCGGUUGGCGAAGGAGGGUGUGUCUAUGUGUGGGGUUGCUGCAAACAUAUGAACGUUUUGACCCCAACCGCUACUUCGUCUUCAAACAUACACAACGCGAUUGCAUCUUACGGGUGGCCAAGCGUUAUGCACAAACCAUUGAUUUGUUUGUGCUUAAGUCAGAUGUCUAUACAAUACCUAGAUCGCUAACUUGGGCUUUAGCACAAUAGCACACAAGAAGAUGACGGCUACUUUAUAAAUUACUUUGAAGCAUUUAGGCACGGUUGUUCCACCUUUUGGUAAA